CAAGCGGCACCUGAGAGGCUAUCUCAGCCUACGCAAUGCUUCUGCGAGUAGCCUAGGUGAUGCCGGGCCGGGCAGGCAUGAGUAUACUUCAGGAAAAAGAGAACAUUUUCUCUGACUGUAAAAAGAAAUUCUGGAAUACAUAUAAGACUGGUCUGAUGUACUGGCCUUUUGUGCAGCUUUCAAACUUCGUUCUGGUCCCUGUUUACCUGAGAACAGCUUACACUGGCCUCUGUGGCUUUCUCUGGGCUAUCUUCAUUUGCUUUUCACAACAGAGUGGUGACGGCACAGCAAAGUCAGCUUUUAUGUGGUUCCAACAAGAGAAGGUCAAUGCAGAUGGAGAACCAUCAGAUAAAUGAGAAUGUUAUUUAACGUAAAAUGUAUUUUAAAUGUUUAAGCUGUGCUUUAAAAAGGCAGUGAAUUGCA